UAAACGCCGGAGCAGGACAGCACAGGCAAGGUCUGAACUCCCCGAGAGUGAAGGUAGGACAGGGAGAGGAAUCAGGAGAGCGGAGCGGUCCAGGUUCUGCCACAACCAAGCCCACAUACUUAUUGCACACAACAAACACUGAGACAGACACACACACACACACACUUUUGGACUUGUGACUCGUCUUUGGACUCCAGAAGCUGUCCUCUGGAACUCUACCUGUGCUUCCUUCCUUCCGCUCACCCAUCACUCUCCUCACCUCCACGCACCUUCACCCCCUCGGCCCCUCGCGUGGUGAGGGCAGAUGGCCGUGGCGCGGGCCUCUCUCGGGGGUGCCUUAGGCUGUGUCCUGCUGGCCCUUGUCUUGGGGAGCAGCAGCGUGGAAUUCGGGGCACCCCCUGCAAGCUUUUAUCCCCGUUUCAACCCCUUCUUCUUCCUGUGCACCCACCACGGGGAGCUGGAGGGAGCCGGAGUGGUGGAAGGCGGGGGAGAGGUGCUGCUCACCCUCCAAAUCACGGGCAACCCCAUAGCCUACACCCCUGGACAGGAGUACCAAGUAACCAUCUCCACCAGUGUAUCCUUUGAUGGUCUGCUGGUGACUGGCCUCUACACCUCCACACCGGUCCAGUCAGCUCCCAUUCCUGCUCCAGCUGCCUUCGGCUUUGGUGUUCUACCAGAGCGUCAGUUUGGUGGAACCCAGUUUGUGUGCAGCGUCGUCGCCUCCCACGUCAGCCACCAGCCCUCCACCAGCUUCAGCUUCGUGUGGAUCGCCCCCCCGCCCGGCACCGGCUGCGUCAACUUCCUUGCCACAGCAACGCAUCGAGGACAGAUCCUUUUCAAGGAUGCUCUGGCCCAGCAGCUGUGUGAGCAGGGAGCUCCCACUGAGUCCCCACUGAGGCCUAGUCUUUUGGACCUCCACAGUAAACAUGCUGUGCUUCGCGAUGACUUUGACUCCAACGUCUUGGCAGAGCUGGACCCCAGCAUCUGGUCCGAGUGCAGCAACUGCGAGGUGGGAGAACAGUGUGGUGUCCUGAUGCACGGCCGAGCGGUCACGUUCUGUGAGCCCUUCGGAGAGCGAGAGCUGACCACAGUACCUCUGAACACCAGCACGGCCUCAGUCCUGCAGUUUGCACUGGGCUCAGGCACCUGUCGGUUCAGUUACUCAGACCCCAGCAUCACUGUGUCUUACAGCCUAAGCGGUAACGCCAACACCUCCGAUGACUGGAUCACACUGGAGAAGAUCAGAGCCCCCACCAACAGUAGCACUGUUAUCCACCUGCUGCCCUUACCGCACCACUCCAGGGCUGAAAGCGUGCGUCUGCGCUGGUCUCAGGAUGCACCUCGUGGCUCAGAGGGUUACGAGUCCUGCUGGGGGCUGGACAACGUGUUGAUAGUUAACGCUGCUCAUAAAACGCCCCUCUUGGAGGACAACUUGGACCCUCCCAACACUGCCAACUGGCUCUUCUUCCCAGGAGCCACUGUCAAGCAUGCGUGUCAGUCCGAAGGAAAUGCUCUGUAUUUCCAUGGUGGUGAGGGAGUUGGCCACAGCUUUGCCUCCUCCAGAGACAUUGAUCUGCAUAGGGAAGAGGGAAGGAGCUACUGGGAAGAAGAUUUUGAAAGUCCACCAUCAAACUGGGACAUAGAGGGUGCUGUUUAUGGGACCCAGUGUGGAGAGAUUGAGUCGGGUUCUGCCCUAGUGUUCGACAGAGAGGGCCGGAGGAGAGUGUGCACUCCCUACAUUGACACCACGUCUUAUGGAAACCUCCGCUUCUACUUUACCAUGGGUGGUGGCGACUGUGAUCCGGGAGAAUCCCAUGAGAACAACGUGAUCCUGUUUGGAAGGGCCGAAGGCAGGAGGGAGCGCGUGGUCCUCGACACGCUUCCAUAUUCUUCUUACCGGACUGCUGCGGUGGUAUCGGUGGCACUACCCACUGAGCUGCAAGCCCCGGUCACCCAGUUCUGCCUGGAGCAGCGAUCGCACGGGGGAGCCGGCCGUCACGUGUGGGCCGUGGACUUCAUGCAGCUCCUCCCUGUGCUGCCUGGCACUCACACACACGUUGCUCAGUUCUCCAUCAACCUGGGCUGUGGCUCCUACCAGCCUGCCAACAGCGUCAGCCUGGAGUUUUCUACGAAUCAGGGUCGCUCCUGGUCUUUGCUUCACACUGAGUGUCUGCCAGAGCUUUGUGCCGGACCCCAUUUACCCCACAGCACCAUUUACUCGUCUGAUAACUACAGCGGCUGGACUAGAAUCUCCAUCCCACUGCCCAACGCUGCCCUGACAGAGACCACGCGGUUUCGCUGGAAACAAUCUGGCACUGGAUCAGGCAACAUGUGGGCCAUUGACAAUGUGUACGUGGGCCCAGCCUGCCUCCGUUUCUGCUCAGGGAGAGGACAUUGUUCCCGCACAGGCUGCAAAUGUGAUCCAGGCUUCAGUGGUCCAGCCUGUGAACUUGCCUCCCAGACCUUCCCAGCCUUCCUGUCAGAGAGUUUCUCCAGUCCACGUCUGUCAUCCUACCACAGCUUCUCCUCUCUUCGUGGGGCUGAGGUCAGCUUUGGCUGUGGGGUGCUGGCCAGUGGAAAGGCUCUGGUCUUUAACAGGGACAGUCGGAGACAUUUGGUCACUGCUCCACUGGACAGUUCCCAGGCCAGGUAUUUACAGUUCACUCUUCGCCUGGGCAGUCGAAGCACUCUGAGUUCCUGUCCUGCUCCAGAUCAGCCAGGAGAGGGCGUGCUGCUGCAUUACUCCUCAGACAAUGGCAUCACCUGGACGCUCCUGCAGCACUACGCUUAUCAGGGCUUCCAUGAGCCAAGGAUUGUUUCAGUCGAACUACCCCCUGGUGCUCGUAAGUUCGGCGUGCAGUUCCGCUGGUGGCAGCCGUAUCAUUCAGGCCGCGGCCACGACGUGUGGGCCCUAGAUGAGAUCAGCAUGACCUCUGUGCUGUUUAAUACCAUAAGCCUGGACUUCAGCAACGUUCUGGACGUCACUCAGAGCCUUGGCUUCUAUCUUGGUCAUGUCCAGCCCUACUGUCAGCAUGACUGGACUCUCAGUUUCUCCGGGGAGCCCAGUCCAGGCUCCAGCAUCCGUUAUGUGGAAACUCAGUCGAUGCAGAUUGGAGCCUCUUACAGCCUGCAGUUCUCGCUGGUCAUGGGCUGUGGUCGUGAGCCUUCUCCCCACAUUGACACACAAGUUCGCUUGGAGUUCUCCACCAAUCACGGCCUCACCUGGCAUCUAGUUAAAGAGGCUUGUCUGCCUGGCAUGCCGAGCUGCUCUGAAUUCACAGCUCCCAGUGUCUACCAUCCAUCAGAGUUCAAAGACUGGAGACGCAUUACUCUGUCUCUGCCUCAGAAGACAUGGUCCAGUGCCACACGCUUCCGAUGGAUCCAGAACUAUUAUGGAGAACAGGACGAGUGGGCCCUGGAUGACAUCUACAUUGGCCAGCAGUGCCCUAAUAUGUGCCACGGGCAUGGCUGGUGUGACCAUGGACACUGCAGGUGUGAUGAUGGAUUUUCAGGAACAGACUGCCAGCCCUCGUCCCCCCUCUCCUCCAGUGUACUGUCUGACUUUGAGUCCCAGGAUGCACUGCUGGCCACGUGGCAGGAAGUCAUCGGUGGAGAGGUGGUCACCCCUGACAUGGGCUGUGGGGUGGUCUCAUCUGGAUCAUCCCUGUAUUUCAGCAAGGCUGGGCUCAGGCAGCUGGUGAGCUGGGACUUGGACACCGAGUGGGCGGAGUUUGUGCAGUUCUACCUUCGGGUCGGGGGCGACUGGGCCGAGUGUAACCAGGCAGACAGCCGAGAGGAAGGAGUGCUGUUGCAGUACAGCAACGAUGGAGGGAUCAGCUGGGGUCUCAUCGCCGAGAUGUACUUCACUGACUUCACCAAGCCUCGCUUUGUCCACUACGAGCUCCCUCUGGCCUCCAAGACGCCCUCCACAAGGUUCCGUUGGUGGCAGCCUCUUCACUCUGGGGAGGGCUAUGACCAGUGGGCAAUUGAUGAUGUCAUAAUUUUGUCGGAGAGGGAGAAGCACAUAAUCCCCAUGGCCAGUCCUACUCUGCCACAGAACUUUUAUGAGAAGCCAGCAUUCGAUUACCCCCUGAACCAGAUGAGUGUUUGGUUGAUGCUGGGCAAUGAAGGCAUGGAGAGGGAAAGCAACAACAGCUUCUGUGCUCCAACCACUUCUGCCAUGGUGUUUGGACGCUCUGAUGGAGAUAGAGUGGCUGUCACUAGGGACUUGGCCUUGCGCCCAGGCUACACUCUUCAGUUUAAGUUGAACAUAGGCUGUGAAUCAGAGUUCAGCACCUCUGCACCAGUGCUGCUCCAGUACUCCCAUGAUGCGGGUCGAACUUGGACCCUGGUGAGGGAUGGCUGUUACCCAGGAACCCCAGGGGUCGGGGUGUGUGAGGGCAGCGGGCGGGAGCUGAGAGAGCCCACUAUCUACAACACUGGAGACUAUGAACAGUGGACCAGGGUCACUGUGGUCAUCCCACGCAAUGUGGCAGCCAGUAAAACCAGGUUCCGUUGGUUUCAGGAGAGCAGCCUGUACAGAGAUGCUCCACCUUUUGCCCUGGAUGGGGUCUAUAUCUCUGAGCCAUGUCCAAACCACUGUGGAGGACAUGGAGAUUGUAUCUCUGGUGUCUGCUUCUGUGAUAUGGGUUACACAGUGGAGCAGGAUAGUUGUGUCCCAUCUGUGGCCAGUCCCACAGAGCUGACAGAAGGCUUCGAGGGCAAGCUGAGCCCACUCUGGCAGAGCCUCAGUGGGGGACAAAUUGGUGGGGGCUGUGGCAUCAUUAGUGAGGCCAAGGCCUUUUACUUCAACAGCCCUGGAAGGAGGGAGGCUCGCACGGUGCCUCUGGACACCACCAACACGCGGUUGGUCCAAUUCUAUAUCCGCAUCGGUAGCAAGAGUUUGGGACCCACCUGCACCAGGCCUCGCUCGCGUAACGAAGGUGUCAUUGUUCAGUUCUCUACCAACAAUGGCGUCCAGUGGCAGUUCCUGCGGGAGCUCGACUUCAGCUCUUUUCUGGAGCCCCAGGUAGUCACCAUUGAGCUGCCAUCUGCGGCCAAAACUCCCUACACAGUCUUUCGGUGGUGGCAGCCCCAGCAGGGGAAACACUCCGCUCAGUGGGCCCUGGAUGAUGUCCUGAUUGGAAUGAACGAUAGCUCCAGGACAGGUUUCCAUGACAAAUUCGAUGGAACAACCCCCCUCAGACACAACUGGUACCGCAUUCAGGGCGGGGAGGUGACCGUAGACUGCUUGUCCCUGGACACUGCACUUACCUUCAACUCUGAAGCCAUCGACAAGAAGCCGCGCUACGCAGAGAGCUGGGACUUUGAGGUGUCAGGCUCAUCAUUCCUGCAGUUCGAGCUGAGUAUGGGAUGCAGUAAGUCCACGUCCUUCUCACAUGGUGUGCGGCUGGAGUACUCCACAGACUGUGGUCGACACUGGUCUCUCAUUACCCCCGAGUGUGUGCCCCCCGCCAUCGGCUGCGCAGGUUACACUCAGAGCUCCGUUUAUACAUCAACCCAGUACAAACACUGGCGAAGGAUCACCGUGUACCUGCCUAGUGCUGCUAAUUCCCCCAGAACUCGAUUCCGUUGGAUCCAGACCCACUUUACCCCAGGGGCAGAAGGGUGGGCUUUGGAUAAUGUCUUACUGGCCCCUGGCUGUCCCUGGAUGUGCUCUGGUCACGGCCUUUGUGACAACGGGCACUGUGUGUGUGACAAGGGCUACGGGGGGGCUCACUGUGUUCCAUUGGCACCCUUGCCAUCAGUACUGAGGGAGGACUUCAAUGAGAACCUGCAGCAGGAGACCUGGCCUGAGGUGUAUGGAGCGGAGCGAGGGACGCUAAGCGGAGAGCCUCUUAAAUCUGGCACUGCUCUUAUUUUCAAAGGAGAUGGUCUGCGAAUGAUUGUGUCACGAGACCUGGACUGCACCAACACUGUCUACAUCCAGUUCCCCUUCAAAUUUAUCACCAAAGGUGUCCCGGAGCGUUCCCACUCGGUGCUGCUGCAGUACUCGGUGAACGGAGGAAUCAGCUGGUUGCUGCUGGAUGAGUUUUACUUCCCAGCAUCCACUGACACCGUGUUCCUCCACCUGCCGCUGCCAGCCAGUGCCCAGACCAACGCCACCCGGUUCCGACUCUGGCAGCCUUACAACAGCGGUAAGAAGGAGGAGGUGUGGGUGAUCGAUGAUCUUAUCAUUGAUGGCAGCUCCACACACAACCCACCUGUGGUGAUAGACAGCUUUGAAGAAGGCCCCAAUGAGUCCAACUGGCUGUUCUUCCCUGGGGGCAACACUGGCCUGUACUGCCCAUACCAAAAGACCGGCCUAGAGGAGGAUGAGUCAGCCAUGGUGUUUGUCUCCAGUGAACUCGGAGAGCACUCCAUUACCACAAGGGACAUUGACGUAAAUGAGAACACCAUCAUCCAGUUUGAGAUUAAUGUGGGAUGCACAGCCGAGAGCUCCUCCACCCACCCGGUGCGUCUGGAGUUCUCACGGGACUUUGGUGCCACGUGGCACCUUUUGUUGCCCCUGUGUGCCGGGGGGCCACAGCCCUCCUCACUCUGCUCUACAGAGCUUCACCCUGCGAGCAUCUAUUUCCCUGGUACGACUCAGGGCUGGAGGAGGGAGGUCGUUCACUUCGGCAAACUUCGUCUCUGUGGCUCAGUAAGGUUCCGCUGGUAUCAGGGGUUCUUCUCAACUGGUUCUGCUCCUCCAACAUGGGCUUUGGACAAUGUCUACAUCGGCCCACAGUGUCAGGACAUGUGUAACGGCCACGGGACCUGUGUCGGCGGCAGCCACUGCGUGUGUGACCCCGGCCACUCAGGACCUGAUUGCUCGGUGCCUGACACCCCCAACCCUGACUUCCUCAAGGAAGACUUUGAAGGGGGCGCUGUGGAUACUGAGCAUUUUAGACAGCUAAGUGGAGGUAAACCAUCCAGGAAGUGUGGAAUCAUGUCUAGUGGGAACCACCUGUUCUUCAGCGAGGACGGCCUGCGCAUGUUGGUCACCAAUGACAUGGAUCUGUCAAAUGCCAGAUUUGUUCAGUUCUUCCUACGUCUUGGCUGUGGUAAAGCUGCUCCAGACCCACGCUCUCAGCCAGUUUUGCUGCAGUUCUCCGUGGAUGGUGGUCUCACCUGGGGACUCCUCCAGGAAUUCCUCUUCAGCAACAGCAGCAACCAGGCUCGCCUUGUGGCCCUGGAGAUCCCGUUGCGCGCACGCACACCUUCAACCCGCCUCCGCUGGUGGCAACCGUCUGAGAACGGACACUUUUACAGCCCAUGGGUCAUUGACCAGGUGGUUGUAGGUGGCAGUGCUAGUGGCUGGGGACCCCUGGAAGAUGAUUUCUCCUCAAUUGAUGGCCGCUCGUGGCUCCUUCACCCUGGAGGAACUCGGAUGCCUGUUUGUGGAUCUGAUGGACCUGCCUUCGCAUUCAUAGAAAAGUCCAACACUCGCUAUGCCGUCACCACUGACAUCAGUUUGGGUCAAGACGCCUUUAUCCAGUUUGAUUUUUCUGCCUCCUGCUCUGUCACCAACUCCUGUUACUCUGUGGAGAUGGAGUAUUCUCUGGAUCUGGGUCUGACCUGGCAACCUGUGGUCAGAGACUGUCUACCUACAAGCCCUGACUGCUCAUCGUACACUCUACAGAGGCUGCUAGUUUCUGACACGUACAAUAAGUGGGGUCGUGUGACUCUUCCAGUCCCAUCGUAUGCCCGAUCUCCAGCUACACGGUUCCGGUGGUUCCAGCAGGCUCCCUUUGACAAGCAGCAGACCUGGGCCCUGGACAACCUCUACAUCGGAGAUGGCUGCCCCGACAUGUGCUCUGGACACGGCCGUUGCCAGCAGAGCUCCUGUGUGUGUGACCCAGAGUGGGGUGGUGAGUACUGUGAUGAACCUGUGGCUCCCUUGCCCUCCCAGCUGAAGGACAGCUUCAGUCGAUCUCCGUCUCUCAGCCACUGGCACAUACUGACUGGUGGGAAACUCAGCACUGUGUGUGGAGCUGUGGCCUCUGGAGCAGCUCUACAUUUUAGUGGGAGUUGUAGCCGGCAGCUGGUGACGGUGGAUCUGAACCUGACCAACGCUGAGUUCAUUCAGUUCUACUUCAUGUACGGCUGCAUGAUCCCACCUAGCAAUCGGAACCAGGGUGUGCUCCUGGAGUACAGUUUGAACGGAGGUAUCAACUGGCACCUACUCACAGAGAUCUUCUACGAUCUGUACACCAAACCCGGGUUUGUUAAUGUGCUGCUGCCCCCUCCUGCUCGCCAGGAGGGAGUGCGGAUCCGCUGGUGGCAGCCACAGCAUGAUGGAGCGGACCACAGCGACUGGGCUUUGGAUAACGUCCUCAUUGCAGGCUCAGACCCCAGAGCAAAGAUCUCUGACACAUUUGGAGGGGUGGCACUGCCCAAUCAUGAGCGGGCUCCCGCUGACGGGGCCUCAGGGAAGAUAGGUCAGCUGAGCGAGCUGGAGGAGACACCCAUUGUGAGCAAUCAUUGGUUGUUCUCAGAGGACUGCUCUGUGCAGCGUUUCUGCAGCUCUCCUGAUGGGGUCAUGGUCUGUGGAAAUGCUGAUGGGAGAGAAGUGUAUGCUGUCACCCAUGAUAUUAUUCCUGACAAAGGCUGGGUCAUGCAGUUUAAGAUUGCGGUAGGCUGCAGUAUGCCCGAACGUCAUGCAGACCGGCAGGUUCACGUCCAGUACUCGAUGGACUUUGGAGUGACGUGGAAGUACCUGGUGCCUCAGUGUCUGCCCGCUGACCCUCGCUGUGGAGGUCAGGUGUCGCAGCCGUCAGUCUUCUUCCCCGCUGAAGGCUGGAAGCGAGCGGUCUACCACCUGCCCGACAGCCUCGCUGACACAUCCGUGCGGUUCAGGUUCUACCAGCAGCACUCUGACAUACAGUGGGGGGUGGAGAACUUCUACAUCGGGCCCGCGUGUGACAGCCACUGUGGAGGACACGGAGACUGUUUGGACCAGCGCUGUCUCUGUGACCCAGGAUUUACAGGCCCAAACUGCUACGCCAGUGCUGCUUUGAAGGCGUCUCUGAAGGAGCGUUUUGACUGGGAAGGGGCAGCAGGCCCUCAGUGGCAGGUGCUGGAGGGUGGCAGGCCCUGUACAGACUGUGGUGUGUUGGUAGAGGGAACGGCUCUGUACUUUGGAGGGGCUGAUGCCAGACAGGCCGUCACAGCUGACCUGGAUCUGCGUGGAGCCAAGUUUGUAGAGUACUGGGCCAGGAUUGGAAGUGAAGAUAACAUGACCAUGUGCCACCGUCCAACUUGCCGUAAAGAGGGAGUGCUGCUGGAUUACUCCACGGAUGGAGGCGUGUCAUGGACACUGCUGCAUGAGAUGGAUUAUCUGAAGUACGUGUCCGUGAGGAGAGACUAUAUUGUCCUGCCAGAGAGAGCUCUGACCAAUGCCACUCGGCUGCGCUGGUGGCAGCCAUUCACCAUCUCCUCUGGUCUGGCCACUCCCAGUCUGGAACGAGCCCAGUGGGCCAUAGACAACAUCUUAGUGGGGGGGUCAGACAUCAACCCGUCCACCCUGCUUGACACUUUUGAUGAUGAGGGUGUUUCUCACGAGGAAAGCUGGAGUUUCUACCCGAACGCCGUGCGCACAGCUGGCUUCUGUGGCAACCCCUCAUUUCACCUGUACUGGCCGAACAAGAACCAAGACAAGACGCAUAACAUUCUGGCCACUCGAGAACUCAUAGUGCAGCCAGGAUAUAUUCUGCAGUUCAAGAUUGUUGUUGGGUGUGAGGCAGACACCUGUGAAGACCAGCAUUCUGUCCUGCUCCAGUACAGGAAAGAUGCAAGGUCUGACUCGUGGCAGCUGGUACAGUCAGAGUGUCUUCCCUCCUCAGUCAACAACGUGGGCUGCUCCCCCUUCCAGUUCCACGAAUCCACAAUCUAUAGUCCAGUCAACAGCUCCAAAUGGACCAGAGUCACUGUCCAGCUGCCAGACCACGUCUCCUCAGGGGCAACUCAGUUCCGUUGGAUUCAGAAAGAGGAGACUAGAGAGCGCCAGAGCUGGGGAGUGGACCAUGUUUACAUUGGAGAGGCAUGUCCGGGGCUCUGCAGCGGCCACGGCUACUGUACAAGCGGAGUGGUCUGCAUCUGUGAUGAGGGACACCACGGCGAUGACUGCUCCCUCUCCAGCAUCGACCUGCCCAGCUCCAUCAAGGACAACUUUGAGUCCGGUAGCGUGUCUCAAGAGAGCUGGCAGCUGAUCCAGGGCGGUGGAGUAGGCAGUGGCUGUGGGCAGCUGUCGCCCCACGCUCAUGGGGACUCACUCUACUUUAACGGCUGUAAGAUGAGGCAGGCCAUUACAAACCCGCUGGACCUCACUAGAGCCAGGUACAGUAAGAUCAUGUUUGUGCUGCAGAUUGGCAGCGUGGCACAAACAGACAGCUGUAACGUAGCUCUGGACCAGGCAGACACGGUGGACCGAGCAGUGCUGCUGCAGUACAGCGUCAACAACGGAGUCAGCUGGCAUGUCAUCGCCCAGCACCAGCCCAAAGACUUCAUAAAGGCCCAGCGAGUCUCCUACAACAUCCCACUAGAGGCGAGGGUUAAAGGGGUGAUGUUGCGGUGGUGGCAGCCACGCCACAAUGGUGCGGGACAUGACCAGUGGGCACUAGACCAUGUGGAAGUAGUUCUGCCGGGGCUCCCACCCCCCCAGACCUUUCUGCGAGACAGCAGUCCCCUCCUCCUGCCUCUCCUCUCUCGCGCUCUAACCUCUGCUCUCUUCUGUAUUCUGCUCCCUCUGGCAUGGCUGUAGUGUCAGCACCCGCAAACAGAACUACAUGAUGAACUUUGCCAGACAGACCGGCGUGCGCCACUACUACAGUCGCAAGAGGCGGGCGCUGCGGCAGCGCGCCUGAACCCGGGAUGGGACGCGCCCCCCGACCUGCCAGUCACACCGCGACUCCACCAAUGCAUCCUUACUCCUCGAGACAUAUCAUCCUUUCGAUUACCACCCGCCAGUGGAUUCCAGUCAACCUCGAACGUUCCUCGCUCAUCUCUGCCAGAAACACCUUGCUGCUGGAACCUUCCCAUCCUCAAGCGUCGGCAGGAGUGAACGGUUCAGUUUUGUUUUUCCCGACGAGGGUCCGGGUCCGUAGUCGCUUCCCACAGUGAUCCUUGCUGUGGUUCCUCGGUCCGGUUCACCUCCCCAUCACUCCUCCCUUUCCUCAUCCGCGUUUUCCUACCACACUGUGAAAUUGAGAGAUAAUAUAAUGGAGAGCUGCCUCCCAGUUGAGCUGAGCCGCCAGGGGGAGGACCACUCCGCUGUAAGCCAGGAGAGAGACCACAACAAUGAUGCAUAACAAUAAGAGGACUAGCGAUGACCAAUUUAAAAAGACAAAAAAAAAGUUCUGUGUUCUUGCUGUUCUGUGUGUCUGUGGGUUCUUUUUGUGAUGAGUUGACUGUGGUGUUCUGUUCAUUUGUUCGUUCAUUUUCUACUAAUUCAUAUGCUUUUAACGGGGGGAGGGGAGGGAGGUGCUGGGUUCUGUUUCCUUCUCCUCGUUUAACUGCAGCGGAUCUUUGCCGGGGCGCAAAGGUCUCGUCUCUGCGGCAACAAGGGAAGUGAGAACGAUUUGCACGAUGGGGAAAAGGAGAAAACAGGAAAAAAAAAUUAAAGACUGAACAAUUUUUGAUUUUUUAUCAUUUUUUAUAUAUGUUGAUUCCCGAAAAUACAGAUAUUUAUGGUAAAUGGUUCUUCACGUAACCUAUUUAAGAUGCACUGUGCGUGAAAUCUGUACGUUAUUUUCUUGUGUUAAGUUAUUAGGCGUUGGAGUCAGGCUCUCCGACUGCUCAUCUUUCCUCUCGGCCCUUUUCUCUUGUGCUGUUUCCCUCGUUCCACCCCUUUGCUGAUUUCUGAUACCUGAAGGUGAGGCUCUAUUAGUGUUGUUUUUUUGAAAUCUGUGUAAUAUGGACUCUCUGCCCUCAGUGUAACUCCAGUAUAGCAAUCUCCUGUAUAUAUAUGUAUAUCCACUAUGGGGAGACCCAGCAGCCUUAUAAAAGGGAAAUAAAGAACUGUCCAAACCUCA